CGUUUUCCAGCUUUGCUCCAAAAUGUCGCGCACUGCAUUGUUGGACUUCUCGGAUACUGGGCUUUCCGGCUGCGAACAAUUCGCGCUCUGCACAAGUAUCACUGCCGAGAGUAACUCUCGACGUAUGGUUUCCAACUUGUUCCAAUCUCAUCCUGCGCCGGACUCCAAGGAGCUCGUCCACACGGCUACCGCCAUGCCGACGCUGGCGUUCGCGGUGCGCCGGCGCGACCCGGAGCUCGUCGGCCCGGCCGCGCUGACGCCUCGUGAGACCAAGCGCCUGUCUGAGAUCGACGACCAGGACACGCUGCGCGGGCACGUGUCCUUCGCCCUCAUCUACCGUGCCCGCGUGAUGGAUGACGACGACGUCGCGCCGGUUCACCCGGCCGGAGUCAUCCGGCGCGCUCUCGGCGAGGCGCUAGUGCACUACUACCCGCUGGCUGGGCGGCUCAGGGAGGUGGAGGGGCGGAAGCUGGUGGUCGACUGCACCGGCGAGGGGGUGAUGUUCGUGGAGGCCGACGCCGACGUGCGGCUGGAGGAGCUCCAGGCGGCCGGGCUCAGGCCGCCGUUCCCGUGCAUGGACCAGCUGCUCUUCGACGUGGAGGGCUCCAGCGGCGUACUCAACUGCCCAUUGCUGCUCAUCCAGGUGACUCGGCUGCUCUGCGGCGGCUUCAUCUUCGCGCUUCGCCUCAACCACACCAUGUGCGACGCCAUCGGCAUCGCCCAGUUCAUGAACGCCGUCGCCGAGCUCGCCCGCGGCCUCUCGGCGCCGACCGUCGCGCCCGCGUGGUCCCGUGAGCUCCUGGAGGCGCGCAGCCCGCCUAUGCCGUCGUUCCCGCACAGCGAGUUCGACCUUAUUCCGCCGCCGGCGCCGCCGGCCGGCGACAUGGUCAUGCGGUCCUUCACUUUCGGCCCCGCCGACCUCGCCGCGAUCAAGAAGCACCUCCCUCCUCUCGUUCGCGACAAGGCCACCACCUUCGAGGCGCUCGCGGCAUACCUCUGGCGCGCCCGCACGGCGGCGCUCGAGGUCCCGCUGGGCGAGGAAGCGCGGCUGGUCAUCAUCGCCAACUUCCGGGCCUUCGUCGAGCUGGGCCUGCCGGACGGAUACUACGGAAACGCGUGCGUGCCCCUGGCGGCGCUGGCCGACGUCGCUGCACUGCGCGGCGGUGGCUCGCUGGCCGACGCGGUGGCGCUGGUGCGGCGCGCGAAGGCUGCGGUGACCGCCGAGUACGUGCGUUCCACGGUCGACGUGCUGGUUCUGCGCGGCCGGCCGUUCUUGGCACUGCAGAACCUGUUCGUCGUGUCCGACAACCGGCACGCCGGGUUCCACCGCGUCGACUUCGGGUGGGGCGAGCCGGUGCACGGCGGCCCGGCCGACACUGUCUUCGGCGUGACCUUCUUCGUCCCCGUCAAGGACCGUGACGGGGAGGACGCGGUUGCCGUGCCGAUCGUGCUGCCACGGCCGGCCAUGGAGCGGUUCGCGGCGGAGAUGGAGAGGCUGUGCAAGGCGUAGCGUGUGCCCGGGUCGUCCCUGUAUGUAUUACGACUCGGUACGUGCGGCAUGCGGCUUGUAGGGCUUAAAAAAGGAUCGCAUAUGGUAUGUCAGUUGCCUGAAAUAUCAGUCACUUUUAUCUGGACCAUUCGAUCUUAAACACAUGCACGCAUGCAUAUAUA